GUAAACUGACGUUACGCCAUUUUGUGUCUUCCGUAUUUUCAAAUUGGUGAAGUCCGUCGCGUAAAAAAGCCUCAAACAAUCUAGCUAUAUUUACUCUAUUUAUUGGGGAUUUGGACUCGUCAAACCCUCCUAAAAUAAGGAUGGGUAUUGAUGGCAUGGGGCCCGGCUGGCCGCUCAAGCCCAGCUCCGGCAUGAACUGGAAGGAACUGGGAGAGAACGACGACCUGGCCACUAGCCUGGUCCUGGACCCGUACCUCAACUUCACCACACACAAGAUGAACACAAGGUUUCGGCCCGCUGACGCAAGGAAGGAGUUCCUCAAGGAGCUCAUUCUGCGCUUCAAGAAAUCGCAGAAUUACGAGAGGGCCUACAAGGGCCUGGUGUCCGGCGACUGGGCCCGCGUCUUCUUCCUGAACAAGUCCAAGCACCAAGUGACCAUAUUCAAGCAACACGUGUUCCGUUAUCUAGCAAUGUUUGACAAGACGUCCGGGUUUGAGGUGAAGUCCUGCUUCCGUUACUCCUUGGAAGGGGCCGGAGGGAAGAUUGUGGCCACUCAGGAUUGGAGUAAGAAUGACACCAUCCCCAACCUGGUCGGUUGCAUCGCAGAGCUGACAGAGUGCGAGGAGAACUCCCUCAAGACGGGCGUCAACGAUUUCAGCGUCAUGUUCUCUACAAGAAAGAACUGCGCCCAGUUGUGGCUGGGCCCGGCGGCUUUCAUCAAUCAUGAUUGCCGACCUAACUGUAAGUUUGUGUCUACGGGUCGCGAUACGGCUUGCGUCAAAGUACUACGGGAUAUCGAGCCCGGAGAGGAAAUCACCUGUUUCUAUGGCGAUGGAUUCUUCGGCGAGGGCAACUGCUACUGCGAAUGUGAAACUUGUGAACGGAGACAGACGGGUGCCUUCACCCCCAAAGACACCCCGGUCAAGAGCGACGAGAACAAGUACAGCCUGAGGGACACGGACCGACGGCUGCGCUGGCAGAAAGCCAAGAAUGAGGAGGAGGGCGGGGCCAGCCAGGAGGAAGGCGGAUUAACCAAGAACGCAGUGCCCUCUAGGCUGCUGCGGAGAAGUGAUUCAGAUUGCAGUGGAAGCUCGGACGGCAAUAGUUGUCCCUGGAGUCGUUCUCGUUCUUCCUCCCAGCCCCUCUCCCCAUCCCUCCAGGCCAACCAGACCCUCGUGGACCUCAUCGCUGAGAGAAAGUGUUUGUCAAAGUUCGAUGCUCAGCUCCUGGUGGCAGAAGGCUACAAACUCAGGGAAGCCAAGGUGGUCUUGACACCUCAUAAGAUCAAGGAAGACGGGACACUGACUGUCGAGGAAGGAGGUGUGAGGUACGCCUCCAGGCUUCGCAGGGGGGAGGAGCGGAGGAAAUCGGGAGGCCGCGAGAGGAGGAUGUCGCUGAACGAGGAGCCCGUUCCAUCACCUAGGGUUGAGGAGGCUCACCUAAACGGGGGUCUUCUAGACACUGAGGCACCCGAGUGCGUAACUGCAACGAGAAGAGAAAGGAGGCGGUCCAGCGAGUGUCGCGAGCGCCGGAUGUCCCUGACAGAGGAAAUGCCUGAGCUUUCCCAGGAAACCUGUCUAGGUGCUAGCGGAGUGGCCGAGACAGCAAGGGACAUCCCUGGCCUGAGGUCCAGGGCCCGAACGGUGGCAGCGGAGGGAUUGGCCCUGGACCAGCAGUCCAACUGCAGUAGCACUGACACUGAAGUAACGUUUAAUGUCAAACGUUCGUCAAAGGCCCCGAAGGUGAUUGAGAAGGACUUGACUUACGAGUCAGAAAUUUCGGACUGCGAGAUGAAGCUUAAGAUACGAGGAGUGCCACGGGAUCGGGUCAAUGCACUCAAGAGGAAUCUUCUGGAUAGCGCGUCAGUAAUGAUUAAUCGCCAUGGAGGAAAGAGGGAGUAUCGAGAGAUAGACUCGACCAAAAACAGUACAGAAUUACUGGGCAGACACAGGAAGCAUGAGGGGUUGGAAGUGCCUCCACUUAUUUUGCCGAAACGGAAGAUGACUAAAUACGACGCAGAACUGAUCGCGGAAGCCGUGCAAAAAAUCCCCAAGCUGAAAAUCCGCAUGAAAGAUCCCAAUGGCUGCAUAGAGGAAGUGGUCACGUCAUCGGAGGACGAGGUGUCUCCGAGGCAAUUCUCAGGGUCCUGCGAAAGCAAUCCAGCUGCCAGCCAAGAUAAACUUCUCUUGGAUGUUCCUGACUCCCCGAGUCGGUUGACGAGAGCGCAGCGAGUCCUCAUACCCGGACCAAAACUCCCUCAAUCACCUACCUCCUCUUCCAAGACUGAAUCCCCACCAGGUUCUCCAAGUGUACAGAGAGCUCGUGUGAACCUAAAAUUUGACGGUCCCGAGCGGAAGAAGACAAGCCACCAGUUUGCACCUCGGAUGUCGCAGCUGCGACACCUCUACGAGAUCCCGCCCCACCCGAUGUGCCAGAAGGCUGACAAGGACGCACCUCCCAAACACGUCAACUCUAGGGAUGUCAAAACCUUCUAUCCCUCCUCUCCGGACAAUCCGAAAACAAAAUCCCCAAGUGACAUGCUCGGAUCAGAAGAGCGUGCACCCCAGACCUUUAAAGUGUUGGUGAAGCCAGUUGAUAACAGAAACACUCGCAAAAUCAGGCUGAUAUUCGGCCAGAGGUCUAUGGACUUCCAGGUGCCGAAAACGGAAAAGAGGUAUCCAACAAAAGCAAAACCUCUAUGAUGAACAUAACAGACGAAACUUACUCCAGUAUUUAUUGAAUUAUCAGCACCUGCUUAUCCUGAAAUUGAUAACUCAAUCAUUCUCACCAACAGAAAUAGAUCCUAUUAACAUAUAAAUACAUAGUAUUUGUGCAUUUGUUAUCAGAAUAUCAGUACAGAUUUAAUAAAAUGUAAGUGUUAUUCAUACAUGUACUCGGGUAUCUCUCUUAUCGGGUCAUCCAAAAGUCCUAACAGUAACAUUUAGUCCCAGUUGUAAAUGUAGUUCCUGAUGUAUUGAUCUCGCUUUGAGUAAAUGAAGUGAGUUUGUAUUGGCUAGCACAGAAACAAAUAUGUCCUAAGCAGUUGGGUACCAGUUUGUUACCCAAUAAAUGUUGCGAGAUGCACAGCACCCUGUCGUUUACGUCAGGUACCUAUCGCAUUUUUGGCCCAAAAGUCAUCAAAUUCUCCAUGACAAUUCUCGCUGUAUUUGUUGCAAUUUUUUUGACAUUGCUUGGCUGGCACUUGGCAAAAUGACCUUCAUUAGUUCAAAACUCUUCAUCUUAUUAGCCUAACAGUAGGGCUGUCCCAAAUACAAAUGUAUAAUGAAUUCUCAAAUAUUCGAUCAUCAGUCGAAUAUUCGAACAGCUUUUUGGCACAUAUACACAUGACUGUGAUGUUAUUUUAUCGUCAAGUUGUGACGCUUUAUUGUCAGGUGCCACUUUUUUUGUCGGCUAACUUUUUUUGGUCAACGGCAGUUUAUUGUUCACAUCCUUUUAGAAGGUCAAAGCCCUUUUACAGUUAAAAAAAUACUGCAGAUCACUCCAGCACCCCAUAUCGAUCACUGCACGCAAAUUUUAAACUGGCACACUCUUCGUGAUAUAUUUUCGUAUAUCCGAAUAUUCGGUCCAAUGCAGUUUCGAGUAAUUGAAUACUAAAUAAUUUGAAAAUGGGCAGCCCAACCUUACAGCAGUAGCUCUACAUCAUAGAAGUAUCAUGGCUGGAUUUGUACUUGUAUAGACCGAAUUACAUUGAGUUUGAAAAACCCUACGUCUUUCGUAUUUAAUACAUUUAAGGAAUUUUAGUGCAUUUGUUAUUAACCCAAAUAGUUUGGUUUUCACCCUUAUUUAAAUCUAAAUGAAAUUACUGUAGAGAAAAGAAAGUACCGGUCAAAAAGUGCAAGACAACAAAUGUUUAUAUUCAGAUUUAUUGAAUAUUGUUAAAAAAUUUACCCAAUUUAUAUACAAUGUAUUAAUUUCACUGAGACAGUGUUAUUGUGUCAUUUUUUAAAAAAAUGUUAUUUAUUUUAAUUGUUUUGCAGCUGUUGCAGUUGACAACACGUACUCGGUUAUAUUGAAUUUGGUGAUAUUCUGACA